AUGGAAAAAGCCAUAAGGGGUAGAAUACUUGUUUGUAGCAACAGAUAUUCGGAGGCUAAUAAUAAAUACACAUCCCGUUAUGCUCCCACACGGCCCUCUAAGUACAUCCUGUACUUGGAUGUAAACAAUCUGUAUGGCUGGACCAUGAGUGAAGCUUUACCAAUAGGAGUAUUCAAGUGGAUUGAAGACGUAACCAAAUUUGGUGUUAAUAAUCUUCUCGAAGGCCAUAUAGACAUCAUGUCAAUGCCGGAUGAUGCAAAGGAGGGCUAUUUUUUCCAAGUUGACAUGGAAUAUCCACCUGAAUUACACGACAAACAUAAAGAUUUUCCAUUUGCUGCCGAACACCGCAUUCCACCUGGUUCAAAAUUACUAAGGUUAAUACCAACUUUAUAUCACAACAAAAUAUAUUAUUCAUUAUAG